AUGUCUGAAGAGACGUGGAUAUUGCAGAAGUGUCGUAUGCCGAAGAGUUACGGUACCCUUUGCGAAAAUCCCACGAACGCUUCUAAUUAUCCUUUUAUCAAGUACAUUGUGCAGCCCAAUGAUACUCUCACCUCAAUCGCAGUUAAAAAUGACAUAUCUGUUGGUCAGCUAAAGCAUUUUAAUCGGAUUCUGCUCUCUGGAGACAAACUCAUAGUCGCUGGAUCCGUUCUGCGCAUCCCUCUUUCUUUUAAUAAGUUAGUCUUAAGCGUUUUUUAUAAGUUCAUUUUGCAAUACACUUCAUCAAAUAGCAAUCAAGAGCAAACUCCCUCUUCCUCAGAUGUUGAUAGUGAUGAGCGCCAACGCCAGCUGAUGAUUGAUCCACUUGUCGAUACGGUUACUUCCGCUUCCCAAUCAUUUCAUUUAGACCGAUCCUCAGAUCACCUCCCAGAAAGGCUAUGA